CGAAGCAUGCCUCUCUCUACAUUGUAAGAGGCAUGUUCGGAACACGACAAAUAUCCCACGAGGUUGGAACAGUAUGGCAUCCCCCAAGGUGGGAUAUGGGUUACCGGCCAGGCCUUCAGAUGGCCUUCGACGACGACCCGAAGACUCGAGGUUGUUGAGUGGCAUUCCGAAGUCCACCUCCCGGACGACCGAAAGAGAGACGGAAGUACCAAAAUUGGUAAAGAAAGAGUCAUCACAACCCCGUGUGGCCAGCCGAGUUCCUCUCCCAUCGUCAGCACGCCGCCCCUCUCCCUCUACUACACAGCAAUCUGGCCCCAAGGCAAUCCCAGACCGGCAUUCAAAAUCAUGGGGCUCGGCAACGAGCUCUUCUGGUUAUUCACGGUCCCAUACGCAAACAGAAUCGGGAUCUUCCUCUUCCAGUCGGUCAUUUGACAGUAGCACAAGGCUGGGACAGAAUGUGCCGAGACGGACGAAGCCCUCUCCAUCGCCCGAGGCAGGCAGCCUGCUCAAUGGCGCUCCUAAUCUGGGUUCGAACUCUUCAAGGCACCAAUCGCAAGGUAGCGUGGAUUCGGCACUCGGUAUCCAAUUUGAUCGAGGUAUCACAGCAAGCCCAAGCGCCAUUCAGAGGGAGGAGCCGGCGGAGGUCUCAAAGGCUGUUGGCCAGUCUCCCGUCAUUUACCCCGAGCUGGAUCGCUACCGUCAUCAUGACCGAGCACGCAGUACUUCGAAUAGACCGGCUAUAGAUAUGCCUUACCGCUUGGCUACUCACGAUCUUCCUCCACCAACGCCUGGGAGCUUGCUCUUCUCAGCCAACAGCAGCCAAGUCAGCGCCAUCAGUGGCAGUCCCUCAACGAGGUUCUCUACGUCGCCGGGUCCGGGACCGUAUAGCCGAGACACCACGCCAACUUCGAUAUCGUCACAGUCUCCCGGCCUUAUUGCCCCUAGCAGGGCAUUCCCUAUGAACAAGUUUCGGCAGCACAGCCCCGCUUUCACUCGCCCGCCUGUUACUCGACGAAGAACUGGAAGCAUAUCGAAUGAGGUGGACUCCAUCAGCGUUGAUCCCCAUGGCUUGGCUGCGGUUCGAGAAUCUCUGACAUCUUCAUCGUCAAGUUCUACUGUCAAGGGUAGUGUCAUAAACCCAAAGAAGGAAAGGAGAGGCGGAAAGAGCCUCGCAGCGCCGCCGCCAAGCCCUCCUCCGCGGAAGUCUUCGCAGUCUUCGCAGAAACCCUUCAUCAGUGAAGACGAGGAUGAGCUUUCUCCCAGACAGAAACGUCAGCCGGGGAGCCAACCCAUGGCGGUCUCGUCCCCGCCGAGGUCUGGUCUUCCUCUCCGCAACUAUCAAUCACCAUCACCGCAGGCUAUGCCGCCGCGCCGACCCAGCCGAGAUGGCACAUCCGACCUCAAGUCCCAGCUGUUUACUCCCAUUCCAGUCAUCCAGAGUAGCCUGGCACUCCGAGCCAACUUCGAGAGACGCGAUAGCGAGGCGACAAUCCCUCCUCCUUCCCAAACCAUAGGGCUACAGUCUAACAAGAGUGCAUCGACAUCAAACUUACCCACAGCCGAGCAACCCGCCACAUCAUCCAAACUGGCGGGCCGGAGGAAGCUUAGCAUCUCUGGUCCAGUUCGAGCAAGCGGUACGCCAUCGCCCACUGUCAAAGCUUCUUCUGGCUCUCGUUUUCCCUUCUUUGGGCGCAAAAAGGCUGCCUCAGAGAGCACGGCCAACGACAAGGACAAGAAGGAGAAACAGAAAGUGUCCCGAAAGGGCCCGGCAGCUGGGACAGGCCAUGAAGGUUACGGGCGACUGGGCGCUAUUCGACGGCGAAGCGGGAUUGUCGCGGCUCCGCAAGUAUCCAACGAGAGCCUUGCCAGUGGUGACUCCUUCCUGGCUGACCGCAUCAACCCUGUCAUUAUCGCUGGAGGAGCUAUCGUCGAAAAUCGGAACGCCAGCGCAGAGCUUAUCAGGUCAGAGAGCAACCUGAGCUUGACGACAGACGACCGUCCGAGCAUUGAUUCGAUUGCAAACUCAACCACGUCUUCUGCGCCAAGAGGUGUGUCGGGACCGAGUCUCUGGCCGUCAGCCAUCCCUCGCGAACGGAAUCAGAUGCCGAGUGCUCGAAGACCAUCAGACAGCUCUGACACUGGAGGCGCGCCUAUACAAUCUACUCUGGCGUAUAGACGAUCGGUUCAGCGAUUGAAGUCGUUCCCGGACGACCCUCUGCAGCUGCCACGGCCAAUCAACACAAGCGGGGUGAUCACAUCUCCCCUGACGAGCUUUGAUACCAGCAUCAUGUCUGAUGAGUCCUCUCUGUUCAAUCUGCAGCAACUGCCUUCUCAAGACCUCAUCAACAAUAAUCAUCCAGCGCCCAAGAAGCUCAAGAAGAAGCCUCGAUCUCCGAGAAAGUGGAACUUCUUCAGCAGAUCCAACAACCAGCCCAAGUCAGAAAAAGCAAGUGAGCCAGUAGCCGUUACUGUCCAGCCUGUGGAGAAGAAGCCGGUGGCCUUUUACACCAUCAUGGACUCACCUGAGCAAGGGGUUGCCGAACCCGACCUCAAGGAGAUUCUGCGCGAGGCCGACGCUUACGCACGCUCACCUGCCAACGUGGAUACCCCUGAGGUGCAGGCAGAAGAAGCUCAUGCGGUCAAUGGAUCAAGCUUGCAGCCUCAGUCAAACAUCCUACCAGAGCCUCUCUCACCAGUCCAAGACCCUUAUCCUGCAUUGAUUGAGCCAGCCUUUCCUCAAAUGGAGGGGAUACCUCCACCGGCAGUAACGCUGAGCUCUGGAAGGCCCAGCCGCUUGGCCCAGGUCGGAAGAAUACCCCAGGUGGUGAGCAACCGUCCGGCAAGGCCGUCUCCGCGCAGCUUCUCUCGGCCUUUCGUCGCGAACCAGCAGCUUUCUCUGCAUAUACCCCAGACGCACGGCGUAGGCUUGAACCCCAGGGUGCCGAACUUUUCAAAACCGGCCACUCCAGUUCCCGAUGCAAGCGGUGGCGACGGCUCAACAACAGACGCGGGCACCGAAUUCUCAUUCUUCAGUGAGCCCAGGUCUCAUAUUACCCCCAAGGAUACAGCCACACAAGAGUUCCUUGCCUUUUCUCCUCGCAAGAAUUCUGACUGUACCACCAGCUCGACUGAGUCCUGCGUCUCAUACAACUAUGCAGAGGCGACGGCUAUCAUUCCCAAGCCUGGCGACCCGCCUGUCGAUGAUGAAGUCUGGGAUGAAUAUGAUGAUCUCCUUGGAGAGGAAACUGUGAAAGAACGACAGUCGACGACGUCUUCCAGGGGUAUUCCGUUUCAUCUUGAAAACUACCACCUGAAGCUCGCAAAAGAGAAGGCUCUCGAAUCUCCCACGCUUGUCACUGAUGGCCGUAAGCUGUCAACCAUUUCAGAUGCCCCGACAGCUUCCACGACCUUUAGUGCCGAUAUGACAGAGAGAAUUCGAAAGGCCUUUCAGCCCCAUCCCAGCCCUACGGUGCCAUCUCCCGUGCCGGAGGUCCCUGAGCAGAAAGAUGGCGGACAUUCAAGGAAGCCCAGCGCCACUGAAAGCAUGCGCCACAGUAUCACCUCUAUCCGCAAAUCUACGCAAUCAGGCUCGUCCACCUCUUCCGGAGAAUGGACGCCCCUUGCUCAAGUCAAUCUCCGGGUGGGUUCCAUGACCGUCUCGAAGUGGCUUUCCUUUGGUCAAGUCCUCUUCAGCGACAUUCGGCAUUUGCUGGUGAAGGGUAUAGAGUCCCCCGAGCGCCCAUCAGUUCUGGUCAUCGACGGGCUUGGCAACGACGAUUGGUCGUUUUAUGCCGCGGAAACAUACUCCACAGCCGACUUCUUCAACCUCUCCCCUCGAGCCCCCCUGCCCACCGACGUCGAGAGCUCGGCAUCUCGCUACCCUUUGGGUCCACCGAACCACCAUCAGGUGCAAUAUCUUUCCCAGCUCGACGAGUUUCCCUUUCCUACGCAUACCUUCAACUGUGUCGUCUACCGAUUUCCCGCUGCUGCCCCGGAGUCGCACUAUCAGAAUGUCCUUUCCGAAGCCCGUCGUGUGCUCAAGCCGGGUGGAUACCUUGAACUUUCCAUUCUCGACGUCGACCUAAACAAUAUGGGCAAUCGCGGGCGUCGGACCAUUCGUCAACUCAAGGAACGCAUUCACGAGUCCUCGCCAGAGACCAACUUGGCGUCUACUGCUGACUUGAUCGUUCGACUCCUGGGCAAGAGUGGCUUUUCGACAAUCAAGGCUGCUCGCGUCGGUGUUCCCGUUGCAAGCUCCAUCACUUCCUCUGAUGACAACUCGCAAAGCCACGGUUUGGCCGAGAACAAGAAGAAGAGGUCAUCUAAGAAUCAGCCCAGCUUGGCCGAAAUGAUGCGAGAUCACAGCCCAAACGCAGAUGAAGGCAUCACCAACAUGGUCUCCCGGGUCGGUCGCUGGUGGUAUUCUCGGUGCUACGAGAACGCAACCAGUCAUUCUUCUGGAAAGAACAGCAUCUGGAACGACAAAGCCUUGCUUAGGGAAUGCGAGGAACUGGGCACUAGCCUCAAACUGAUGGUUUGCUGUGCUCGUGCGCCUGAGGGGAUCAACGCUGUCUAA